AUGGCGACCGUUCCCACCGCUGGAGAAGCCGUGGCGAGAAUUGCCUAUCUGGCCAGCGACGUCGUUCUCUCUGUCCAGCCCUCUCUGAAAGCAGACUCCCUGUUCAGCAAGUCUCUCAAGGUUCUCAAUGCGACCAAGGCCCAGAGUCUGCUGUCGCAGCAUGUGACAGAUGUGGUGACCGUUCGAUAUAACGAAGAUCCUCUUCUUUCAGCCUUCCACCCGCUGCAGGGAGGCAGAACGGUCUCCGUUGUCACGAGCUCGUCUACUCUUCUCUCCUCCAUUCCUCACCUCUACCGCCUGGCGAACCAGCCCGUCGUCAUCCAUGUCGCCUUGGAGCCCUACCCAUUCCCAGACUACUCGGUGAUCAGCUCGAUACGGCAAUGUGGCUUCACUUUCUUGCACUCGGAGACCAUUCAGGAGGCGCAGGAUAUUGCUAUCACCGCGCAUGCCCUGGCUCGCAAGUCUGGAAAGGGUGUCAUCCAUUUCUUUGACCCUGCGAACUCGGCUCGCGAUGAGGCCAUUCCCCAAGAAAACAUCGAUGUCGUGAAGACGUUGCUGCACUUGGGUGGAAAUGCCGCUACUCACACCGAUGGCCUUGGUGUUCAGACCUUGUACGCCGACUCGGGUCGCGUUGCUACUGUGUCUGAGGAGGUGGCGGAUAGCGCCUCCCGGGAGCAACAGACUGAGGGUGCUUCCGCCCCGGCUCAGCCAUCUCAGACUCCCUCGAGCGUCAGCUUUGACAACUCUUCCGUUGGGUCUUCGAGGAGGGACAGCAGCACGGAUAGCCGUGCCCCGAGCUCUGCAGCUACCACCGUUGACAACUCGUCUGUGCGUCCAGUUAGCGCGGCCGAUAUCUUCGAAUGGACGACCCAGAUUUGGAACGUGCUUUCGGAGACCGUGGGACGUAAUUACCAUGCUAUUGAAUACACUGGCCCCGCCGAUGCCAAGGCAGCCAUCUUCGUCUUCGGCUCGACGGGCGUGUUCGUGGACGUUCUGGCCAAGCAGGACGUUGCUCCCGAACUCGCAAACGUCGGCCUGAUCACCGCUCGCCUUUACCGACCCUGGGUUGGAGGCCAGAUCGUCAACUCCAUCCCCAGCUCCGUCGAGAAGAUUGCCGUCUUGGAGCAGGUCCGCAAGACCACGAAAUGGGGUCCUUCAUUUAUGGAUCUCCUAUCGAGCUUGACCCCGGCUACUGCUGGCGGACGCAGCCCUCAGAUCGUUGGUUACCGUCUUGGAUACAUUGAGCCCUCGACCUCGGUCCAGGCCCUUCGCGGCAUCGUUCAGAACCUCGAGACCCCCUCUCCUGUCCAGAACCUUGAGGUCGGAAGCUCCAAGGUCCCCACCAUCCAGACCCCUCUGGAGCAACCCCACAUUGAAAACGCGUACCUGAAGAUCUUGGACCAGCUCUUCGGAGAGCGCCUGUACAUCGCCAACCAGCUGGACUCGAAAAACGCCGGCGUUUCUAACACCAUUGCCGCGAGCCCCGAGUAUGGAUUUGGUUCCCUGAUCGCCAGAACGGAGCGUCGCAAGCGUUUCGCCCGGGAGGUCGAGGAGGCAUCCAAGUCCAGCACCUUCGCUACCGAGGGCCCUAAGACUUGGCUCUCAAAGUGGGCCUUGGCUGCCAGUGACCCCGCCAAGGCCAACAAGCUGGCUGCCGAUGUCAUUGAUCGCCUCUCGAACGAUGGAUCUCAGCUGUCGAGACAGCUUCUGGAAUCGAAGAAACUUUUCUACGAUGAAACCCACUGGCUCGUCGGAUCGGACGCAUGGGCUUAUGACCUUGGCAACUCCGGUGUCCACCAUGUCCUGGCAUCCGGUGCUAACGUGAACAUGCUUGUCAUUGACUCGCAACCGUACUCGGAGCGUGCUGCUGCUGAUGCCGCGCGCCGCAAGAAGGACAUCGGGCUUUACGCCAUGAACUUUGGCAACGCUUAUGUUGCCUCUGUUGCUGUCUACGGUUCCUACACCCAGGUCCUUCAAGCCAUGGCCGAGGCCGAGAAGUUCGAUGGACCUUCCGUCAUUCUUGCCUAUCUGCCUUACAACCAGGAGAACGACUCCGCUCUCACCGUUCUCCAGGAGACCAAGAAGGCCGUUGACCUGGGCUACUGGCCUCUUUACCGCUGGAACCCCGCAAACGAAGAGCAAGGCGAGCCCAAGUUCGAAUUGGAUUCGGAGCGUAUCAAGCGCGAGCUCGAGGAGUUCCUUCGCCGGGAUAACCAAUUGACCCAGCUCAUGAACCGUCAGCCCAAAUUCGCCUCCGUUCUUUCUGAGUCCUAUGGAACCGAAGUCCGUGCUCUGCAGAAGCGCAAGGCCAAGGAUUCCUAUGAGAAGCUCCUUGAAGGCCUCUUCGGUGCCCCGUUGACCAUCCUAUUCGCAUCGGACAAUGGAAACGCUCAGAACCUGGCCAAGCGCCUGGGCAACCGUGGCCGUGCUCGUGGUCUGAAGACCAUGGUCAUGGCUAUGGAUGAAUAUCCGAUCGAAGAUCUGGCCACAGAGGAGAACGUGGUUUUCAUCAGCAGUACCGCAGGCCAGGGAGAGUUUCCUCAGAACGGUCGCAGCCUGUGGGAAGUGGUGAAGAACUCUGGUGAUCUGGACCUGUCUGCCAUCAACUACUCGGUGUUUGGUCUUGGUGAUAAGCACUACUGGCCCCGCAAGGAGGACAAGAUCUACUAUAACAAGCCCGCGAAGGAUCUUGAUGCUCGCGUUGCUUUCCUUGGAGGUCGUAAGCUCACAGACAUUGGUCUUGGUGACGAUCAGGACCCCGACGGCUACCAGACCGGCUACUCGGAGUGGGAGCCCCGCCUCUGGCAAGCUUUGGGCGUGGACAAGGUUGAGGGUCUGCCCGAGGAGCCCGCACCGCUGACCAACGAAGAUAUGAAGAUUCAGUCCAACUUCCUGCGUGGCACCAUCGCCGAGGGCUUGUUGGAUGAAACUACCGGUGCCAUCUCGGCUAGUGACCAGCAGCUGACUAAAUUCCACGGCACGUACAUGCAGGACGAUCGGGAUGUUCGUGAUGAGCGCAAGGCUCAGGGUCUUGAGCCAGCCUACAGCUUCAUGAUCCGUUGCCGACUUCCGGGCGGUGUUGCUACUCCCUCUCAGUGGCUGCAGAUGGAUGCCAUCAGCAGCUCGUGUGGUAACGAGACCAUGAAGCUUACGACGAGACAGACCUUCCAGUUCCACGGUGUCAUUAAGCGCAACCUCCGUACCGCCAUGCGUGCUAUCAACAAGUCGUUGAUGACUACCAUUGCUGCCUGUGGUGAUGUGAACCGAAACGUCAUGUGCAGUUCGCUCCCGGAGCUCUCUGCCUAUCACCGCGAAACGCACGCUGUUGCGCAGAAGAUCAGCGAUCACCUCCUCCCGUCCACGACCGCCUAUCACGAGAUCUGGCUGAAGGACGACGACGACAAGAAGGUUCAGGUUGCCGGAGAUGCCAUUGUUGACCAUGAGCCGCUCUACGGACCCACCUACCUGCCCCGUAAAUUCAAGAUCACCAUCGCCAUUCCUCCUCACAAUGACACCGAUGUCUACGCUCACGAUAUCGGGUUGAUUGCUAUCAAGGGCGCUGAUGGACACCUGGAAGGUUUCAACCUUCUUGCUGGUGGUGGUAUGGGUGCUACCCACAACAACAAGAAGACCUACCCUCAGACUGGCCGCAUGUUCGGAUAUGUGCCCGCUGACAAGGCUCAUAUCUUUUGCGAGAAGAUCAUGCUUGUCCAGCGUGAUCACGGUGAUCGCAAGAACCGCAAGCACGCUCGUCUAAAGUACACCAUCGAUGAUCUGACUGUUGAGGGCUACAAGGAGAAGGUUGAGGCCAUCCUUCCCGACGGUCUACGGUUUGCCGAGCCUCGCCCGUUCAAAUUUGCCUCGAACGUCGACACUUUCGGCUGGCAGAAGGACGAGAAGGGUCUCAACCACUUUACGUUCUUCAUCGAGAACGGUCGUAUCGAGGAUACUGCGGAGUUCAAGAUGCGCACCGGUCUGCGUGAGUUGGCGUCUCUUGACAAGGGCGAGUUCCGCCUCACCGGAAACCAGCACCUGAUCAUUUCCAACGUCAAGGAUGAGGAUCUUGCCCCUAUCAAGGAACUGAUGGCCAAGUACAAGCUGGACAACACCGCUUUCAGCGGCAUGCGUCUCUCGUCUUCUGCCUGUGUCGCUUUCCCCACUUGCGGUCUCGCAAUGGCCGAAUCCGAGCGUUACCUGCCCGUCCUCAUCUCCAAGUUGGAGUCUACUCUCGAGGAGGUGGGCCUGGCCUCGGACAGCAUUGUGAUGCGUAUGACGGGUUGCCCCAACGGUUGUGCUAGACCUUGGCUUGCCGAAGCCGCCUUCGUCGGUAAGGCAUAUGGCGCGUACAACAUGUACCUGGGUGGUGGCUACCACGGACAGCGUCUGAACAAGCUCUACCGUUCUUCCAUCAAGGAGGAUGAGAUUCUGGAUAUCAUGAAGGAUCUUCUCCGGAGAUACUCGCGUGAGCGCAACACCGAAGGAGAAGAGCCCGAGCGAUUCGGAGACUGGUGUAUCCGCGCCGGCGUGAUCAAGGCGACGACCGACGGACAAAACUUCCAUGAAGGAGUUGCCGAAGAUGACGAGGACGAGGAGUAG